AUUUUCUUGUUACCUGGAAGUAUUGCCCACUCCCCACAGAGACAGGCAGACACGGUUGGUUUAGUUAUAGAAAGAGAGAGAGCAGAGGAUGAAAAAGAUGGUCUCAGGUAUUUUAUUGAAGUAGAAGGUAAACCAACACUAGAUUCCCUGUACGAGGAAUGGUUCCAUUGUGAAGAUCUUGGUACCCAGCUGCCACCAGUCAUUAAAAGGUACUUUGCCUCAGAACAGCAUAAAACUGGAAAACCUUUACCAGGCACCAUCCCUGAAAACCCACCAGUGAAAUUGAACUUUAACCUGACUUUACAGAACCCUUUUCCUCUAGCGCAGUUUAUCAAAGAUAACAGAUCUAAGAUAGAUAGCGCUGGUUUCAUCAAAUUGUUUGAAAGAGAUGAUUAUACUCAUCAAUUCCAGGUCUAUGUAUAUGGAAAAGGAGAAAACACAGCCAAGAUUGAUGUCGCUGAAACUUUCAUCUGGGUUUUGGAGGGCAGCUGUACUGUGAAGACUGGAGAAAAAGUAUAUACUUUAAAUGUGGGAGACAAUAUGCUGAUCAGACAAGACCAGGAGUACACAGCAACUCGUCCAGAAGGCUGUAUUUCACUGAUUUGUUUCCAGGACCCAACAUUGAAAAAGAAAGUACAGUGACUUAUACCAAAUACAAAGAAUAAUACUUGUGUAUACAUAUAAAAACUUUGUGUGUUUUAUGUACAUGUGUAAGUUUUUUGUGUAUAGAAUCUGAUAUGUGUUAUUAUAACAUUUAGAACAUGUAAUGAACUUGAGGAAAACAUUUUACACAUGCCUUUGCUCUUUGGUAUGCAGGUCAAGUACUUUUACUGUUGCUUAAUGAUCAACAGAUACAAAAAAAAGAUAUGUUAUAAUGGAAAUGGUUGUUUCAAGUUAGAAAUUGACCAUGUGACAGUCAUGUGAUGUCAAAAUUUUUCAGGAUUAUAACAAAAAAUUGAUAAUGUACAUAUUUAUAUUGUCUGGCAUUGGGUACGUUUUUCUUUUAGGGCUUACUGUUUGAACAUAAUUUAUUUGGAAAUAAAGAAGAUACAGUGACUAAAAAUUCCCAGAAUUCAAUUGUAUAUUUUUAAAAGAUGUAAUUCAGUGAUAAAAUUGUAUAGACAUAGUGCCAGUUUUUAACAUGGUUCUUUUAAUGUCAUAUAUUUCAUAGCCAUUUACAUGUUUUCGUUUAAGCUCAAUUGUGAUGAAAAUUUUGAAGCUUGUUUGAAUCUUUUUUUGAUUCACCUUCUUUGAACUUACCAGUACUGGUGUCAUGUUAGGAAAAUAUGGUCAUGACAAAGUAGGCACAAACCAAUUAUCCUUUGGUUGAGGGGCAGACACUCUACCACAAGGCCACCAUGCCCUUUACUAAGAGAAUUUUCGUGAAUUAAUUACCUGUACUUACCUAUAUGUCAACAAGUAACUGUUAACUUCUCCACAAGCACUAUCAUCAAAACAUGUGUCUUUUCAUGUGAGUUAUGCCUUUCUAUGUUCUAUGCAAAUGGUACUGACUAAAAAAAUGUCUGAUGAAAAAAGACUUAGUUUUAAAUAUUCAUUUUACAAAUAGUUUGAAGCUUAACUGGACUACUCCAGAGUUAGUUUGAAGAUUUUUCUAAGCUCAAAUUCAGGACUUGGGUGUCAGAAACCAAAUGAGAAUGUACGCUGACCAAUAUCAUGGGAGGAAAUUUGGCUGUAACUUCAUUAGAAAUCAAAGCCAUGAUCCCUUAACCAAUAUAGCAACCUUGCCCAAAAAUAUUGCUUAAAUUUCUGGGACAAAUCUCAACUUUUAUGAAAGAAAUUAUAUGUACCAAUUCUUUUGUGUUAUUUUGUGCAGAGUUUAUAAUGUUAGUAUUUCUUAUAUAGUUUAUGAUGAUAUGUAAAUGAAGAGAGCCUCAAGUGGGCCAUAGACAUUUUAUGCUCAACUCCCUUUUUUUCCAUAUCAGCAGAUAAGUUGGGAGUAUAUUGUUUUUGUUAUGUUUGUUUGGUGUCCCUCUGUGGACAAUGGCAGUCUUGGACUAGAAUCUACAAAGUGGGUCAAAGUCACUUUUCAAUAGUGGUCAUACAACCAUUAUUUUAAAGGUCAAUAUUCAAUAAAAACUUUGUGUUUGAAUGUCAUGGAAAUUAUUGUAACCUAACUUUGUAGAGGUAAUACACAAAAAGGAUUACUGUAUAUCAUUAGUAUAAAGAUUUUUGACAGGUUAUAUGGCCCUAUAUAAAGGGUUGUUUGGAAAUAUAACCCGAGCUGCUAAGCCAGGGUUAUUUUUGCAAACAACCAUUUAAAACAGUCAUAUAACCUGUCAGGAAUAUUUAUAACAAAUUUAUAAUACAACAAACUUCUGUUUGAGAAAAAAGUGAGAUUUCUUGGAAAAUUGACAGCAGCCGUGUAUAUAAAACUAUAUAAACAUCAUGAUUUUCCAAUGAAAAGUGACAUUACAAACGUUCAUUAUUAUAAUGCAUGUUAUUUACAUUAUUUUUAACAAGGAGACAUGUCUUCUUGAGCUACAAUAUUAUUCUACAAUAUCUGUGAUUACCUGUAUAUGAAAUAUACAUUGUGUUAAAAAAAUUGAAUUGUUAACACUUAAUGAUAUUUUUGUCUCAAAGUAUUUACCUCUAGAGAUUUUUUUGAAUGCUUCCAAAGCUAUAUGGUUGUGAUGAUUAAACAGGAAGGAUCUAUAUGGAACCAGUCUGUAAGUCAUUAAAUUUAAGCUGUGCAAUGACAAAACCAACAUAGUGCCUUUGCGACCAGCAUGGAUCCAGACAAGCAUGCGCAUCUGUACAGUCUGAUCAGGAUCCAUGCUGUUCACUAAUAAACUCUAUUACAAGUAGGGGUGUGGAUCGUCAGAUAAGUGACGAUCCGAUCCAAACCACGAUUCAGCACUUACAAUUCACAAAUCGAACCACAAAUCUUUUGUUCUCAAGACACCCAUAAAAACAUGUACAAUAGUUAUAAAAACAUGUUUAUUUAAAAAAAAAAAAAACAGCAACAAUACUAAACAUUUAACAUAUAAAAUAUAAACUUUGUUUAUGUUUUUAUUCUUUGGAUGAGUAUUUUUGUUUUGUUUUUUGAAACCAAUUACUUCCUUGCUCAGCAUCAUGGUACAUGGUCUUUAAUCGGCUAAUUGUAUUUAGGUAAACUUCAUAUAAUUUAUACUCAAAUCGUAUUUUUCUCGACUUAGAGUGUGAGAAACAGUCAAUGUAUAUAAAAAAAAUUAGAUCGCGGUCCACGAUCUCUGGGCUUACGAAUAUUCAAACUCGAAUUUUCACUUUGAUUCAUGAUUAUCCGAGUACUCAGACCUCGCAGAUGCGCAGGCUGGUCUGGAUCCAUGCUGGUCGCAAACACACUAUGCUGGUUUUUUAUGGUGCUGCUCAUUUUAUUUUUGAAGAUUUGCAGGUGUAACAGUAAUAAUCAGAGAUCUCUGUAUACACAAACAGCAUUGUGCAGUCUGACCAGGCUCUAUACCAUUGGAAGCAUAAUUUUUUGCAUUUUUUAAUUGAAACCCCUCUAAAAUUAAAUGGACUGUUCCAAAUUUAAAGCAGUGCAAUUACAUUACAUAAAUUCAGGAUAAAUGUGAUAGACCAUUGUACAUGCAUCUUGCUUUUUAGAUCCAAAUUUUAGCUGUAAUAUGACCUAUUCAACCAGUAAAAUAAUUUUAUCCAACUUAGUUCAAUAAAUUCAGUAUUGAACCUAAACUUGUUCAAUAUCCUAUUUUGUAGGGUAAAGGUCAAAUUCAAUAAGUGACUGUGGUGUAAGAAGUACAUUCGAACAUUUUCAUGUUAUAACAGCAUUUACUAGAUAAACAAGAGAUAGUUUAAUGCCUGCCCUGCCUCAUUUAUGAAAUGGACUUGUCUGAGCUUUGAAUUUGAAAUGGUCUAUUAAUAAUCAAAGGGGUUUCAAUGUCAAGAGUGCAUGUACUAAAAUUUGGGCAUUUGAGAUAACCUUGUUAAUUAAUAUACAUUGUAAUUAAGGGCAUUAAAGAUAACCUUGUUUGUUACAUGUACCUC